UCUGUAUUUAUAUUUUUAAAUAAUGGCAAAUGGAAUUCUUGGUUUUGGUCAGCUAAAUCACUAGGUGCCGUGUCUCAACUCUGGACUUCUCUCUCUCUCUCUCUCUCUCUCCGGGGAAGACGACUUCCUCAAUACAAAAAACAGGUGCCCUGUCUGGACACUCCCGUGGGUCAUGGAGUGCUUGUCGUUCUUGUGCUUCUAAAGUCUUGCCGGGCAAUUGGGUUCUCGGAAAAUUGCGAUUUGGCAUCUGUGUUUGAUGAUUUUCUGCAUUCCCACGGAGAAAAAUUGAAGUUAGGGGAUCAGUGUUUUAGUUUGUUGGGGGCUAUGAGGUGUUUCUUCUUCUCCAACAGAAACAAGAAGGAUGAACGGAAGAUCACAAAGCCAACAGUGGUUCAUUCAACCAAUUCUGGAUUUAGUGAUCGUGAAGAGAGGAGAUCUGUGUCUGAAAAUUCUCAAAAAGUGUCAGAUACUAGCACAGAAUCUUUGGGGAAGACUUCAUUCCCUAGUUUCCCUCAGAAACCCAGCAAUCUCAGAGUGUUCUCAUUCACUGAGCUGAAGACAACCACGAAGAAUUUCAGCCACUCGGUCAUGAUUGGAGAAGGUGGGUUUGGGAGUGUCUAUAAGGGUGUGAUCAAGAGUUCAAGCGAUCCCUCGGUAAAAGUUGAUAUUGCAGUGAAACGGUUGGGAAAAAGAGGCUUGCAGGGGUACAAGGAAUGGGUGACUGAAGUGGAUGUUCUCGGGGUCGUUGAGCAUCCCAAUCUUGUCAAAUUGCUGGGCUACUGUGCCGAGGAUGAUGAAAGAGGAGUCCAGCGGCUUCUGAUAUAUGAGUUCAUGCCUAAUGGAAGUGUGGCAGACCAUUUGUCAACUCGCUCACAGACGCCUUUACCGUGGUCCAUGAGACUGAGAAUAGCCCAAGAGACAGCUCGUGGCUUAGCAUACCUGCAUGAAGAAAUGGAUUUUCAGAUCAUCUUCAGGGAUUUCAAAUCUUCAAAUAUUCUACUGGAUGAGGAAUGGAAUGCAAAGCUGUCAGACUUUGGAUUGGCUAGGUUGGGCCCUUCAGAUGGAUUAACCCAUGUCUCAACAGCGGUCGUAGGGACCAUGGGAUAUGCCUCUCCUGAAUAUGUCCAAACUGGGCGUCUCACAUCCAAGAAUGAUGUAUGGAGCUAUGGGGUCUUCCUUUAUGAACUCAUCACUGGUAGGCGUCCAUUGGACAAAAGCCGCCCGAAGAGUGAGCAGAAACUCCUGGAAUGGAUAAAGCCAUACAUAACAGAUGGUGCAAAAUUCAAGGGGAUACUGGACCCAAGGCUUCAAGGGAACUGUCCCCUCAAGUCUGCCCAAAAGCUUGGAAGUGUGGCCAACCGGUGCUUGAAUAGACACCCAAAGUCACGCCCAAAGAUGAGUGAGGUAUUGGAAAUGGUCGCUCGGGUUGUGAAUGCAUCGACAGAAGGGAAUCCUCAACAACUGAUGAAGAGUUUGAUGCCUAUUGAAGCUUCAGAGGGCACCACUGAAACAAAAAGCAAGAGGACUGCGGACUCAAAAUUUGGAGGAAGUAGUUGGUUGGCACAAAAAAGGACUCCAAAACUGGCAAAGACAUGCUGAUUUAGAUGGCUUUGGAUGUUAAAUUGUUCAGGUGCCAUUUCUUCACACUAGGGAAGUACUUAACAUGAAGUACGAAGAAUUUGACUAUCACUGAAUUAUCAUUGGGAGAAAAUUUGUUGACAACAGUUCUUGUAUGUUACUAGUUUUUUAUUUAUUUAUUUUUCCCAAUUUUUGUUCAGGGGGGUGGAAGAUAAGAUUCUGUAUGAUAUAGAUAUGUAUUAUAGCAAUAUAUGAACUGCUGUCUAGUUAGCUGUUUUUGGACUUUCAGAGUGGGGAAUUUGCUGUGGGGAGGAGAUUUAGAAGAAUGUUAGCAGGUCGUAGAUUUGGAUGAUAAUCACAGAGAAGCAUAUAUUAGUUGAUUUGUUGCUGGAUUGCGGACAACUGUGUUGACCUUUUUGAUCAAUAUAAAUAUCAUAUUUUUCUCGCCUUGAA